AAAGCGCAAGUUGCGGGAGCAGAAGCUGAAGGAGAAGAAGCGUCAGAAGCUGUCCACCAGGCAUCAACAAAGCGACUUUGGCCACCUCAAAGAUCAAGUGGCCUUUGGCGAGGUGGUCCACCAUCCACCGGACAUCACGGCCCACGUCCGCAAGGCUGACAGCACCAAGCUGUCCAAGCCUGGCAAGAAAGAGCUGCUGCUCACCAAAAUGCUGACCGGCGACACCAGCGACAAGCCAGACCUGACGGUCAAGCGUAAGGAGCUUUCGGCAGGAGACCGGAAGCGACUGGAGGUGGAACGCCAGAGGGCCGUCUUCCUUUACCGCAAGAUGAAGGCCGAGGCGGCGCUCAGGAGGGCCUCCGCAACAUGA